AUGGCAUUAAACAAAAGCUUGCAAGAUCUUCAAUGGCUUUUCCAAUCAAUUCAAAAUGAAAGUUUUAACCUUCAAAAUAUUUCUUUCCAUCUUUUACAACCAACUUCAUGUUGUUAUCAAGAAAGUUAUGAAUCCAUUCAUAUAAACAUUUCUAGUGACGCACAUUUUCAUUUUUCAGAAAUCCUUUCACUCCUAGCAUCAUCUUCAAAUACCCGUCUUUCGUUACAAAAUCUUGAGUUUUACCAAGUUGAAUGGGAGUUGGAAGAAGUAAAGAGCCUCGAGGUUCUGCUUGAUGGUUCUUCGAAUGUAAAACAGCUUGUGUUCAAGAAAAACAAGCUAAAUGCCGAAUGCAUGGAAGUACUGGCGAAAAUAUUGAAAAGAAAUGAUGUGAUUAAAGAGAUGAUGAUUUCUGAAUCAAGAAUUGGUUCAUAUGGAGCUAGUUUAAUUGCUUCAGCGUUAAAGGUGAAUACUUGUUUAGAGGAGUUACAAAUAUGGGAGGAUUCAAUAGGAUCAAGAGGGGCAGAAGAGCUCUCAAAAAUGAUCGAAUCAAAUUCGACGUUGAAGUUGUUGACUAUAUUUGACUCAAGUUCAAUCACAGCCACACCAUUGAUAUCUGCAGUGCUAGCUAGAAACAGAUCCAUGGAAGUUCAUAUAUGGAGUGGAAAAUAUAAUAACAACACCAGCUCAAAAGUCGUUGAAUUUGCACCCGAGAGUAACACACUACGAAUAUACCGGCUAAACAUUUCAGGGGCAUGCAGGGUGGUUUGUGCUCUAGGGUGGAACACAACUGUCAAAACACUUGACCUGACUGGGAUCAGGUUAAGAUCCAGGUGGGCAAAGGAGUUCAGGUGGGUUCUUGAACAGAAUCGGAGUCUAAAAGAAGUUAACCUCUCAAAAACAAGCUUAAAAAACAAGGGUGUUGUUUAUGUUGCAGCCGGACUUUUCAAGAACCGGAGCUUGGAAACCUUGCAUUUAGAUGGUAACCGGUUUAAUGGGGUUGGUGUAGAACACUUACUUUGCCCAUUAACACGAUUUUCCACUGUUCAAAUUCAAGCUAAUAUAACAUUAAAGUCGAUAACUUUUGGAGGGAAAAAAACCAAGAUACGUAGGAACGGGUUGAUUGCAAUUUUGCAAAUGCUAAGCACUAAUCAAACUGUAACAAGAUUGGGCAUCUAUGAUGACCAAAGUUUAAGUCCACAAGAUAUAAUCAGAAUCUUUGUGACUUUGCAGAAAAAUGCUAGUUUGAAACGAUUGUCAUUGCAAGGCUGCAAAGGGGUUGAUGGUGAUUUAGUGUUAAAGGCAAUAAUGGAGACUUUACAUGUCAAUCCUUGGAUUGAGGAGAUUGAUCUUGCAAGAACCCCACUGCAGAAUUCAGGAAAAUCAGAAGAAAUACAUCUAAAAUUGGGUCAAAACGCGAUAUCCGAACCUGAAGUUGAAGUUGAUUUGCUUAAGGAUAUGCCCAUGACCGUGCCCAAGAGCUGCAGAAUCUUCAUUUGUGGGCAAGAUUUUGCAGGAAAAACAACACUAUGUAAUUCCAUAUCGAAGAACUUCUCUUCUUCAAAUGUUCCUUACAUCGAACAAGUUAGAACUCUUGUAAAUCCAGUUGAGCAAGCGAUUAGAACGACAGGAAUGAAAGUAAAAACAUUGCAGGAUGAAGAUACAAAGUUUUCAAUAUGGAAUCUGGGAGGUCAACAGGAGUUCUUCUCCUUUCAUGAUCUCAUGUUUCCAGGCCACGGAAGUGCUUCGUCUUUUGUGAUUGUUUCCAGCUUGUUUCGAAAGCCAAACAACAAAGAGCCAAAAUCGCCAUCAGAGUUGGAAGAAGACCUUCAAUAUUGGCUCAGGUUCAUAGUUUCUAACUCAAAAAGGGCAGAUCAACAGUGCAUGCUACCCCAUGUAACAGUAGUGCUAACACACUGCGACAAAAUCGACCAAAUGUCACCGGAUUUCCAAAAUACAGUAAAUGCUGUUCAAAGAAUAAGAGAUAGAUUCCACGGGUACGUUGACUUUUAUCCAACAGUAUUCACAGUUGACUCGAGAUCAUCUGCAUCUGUGAGUAAACUUACACAUCACCUCAGGAAAACCAGUAAAACUGUUCUGCAGAGAGUCCCUAGAGUUUAUGAGCUUUGCAAUGAUCUCAUAACAAUAUUAUCAGAAUGGAGAUCAGAGAAUCAUGAUAAACCGGCGAUGAAGUGGAAAGAGUUCAGUGAUUUGUGCCAAAUUAGAGUCCCAUCUCUAAGAGUUCAAUCAAGAAACAAUCAGAUAGUAAAUAAAGUGGAGAUGCGGAGAAAGGCGGUUGCAACAUGUCUACAUCAUAUUGGAGAGGUGAUAUAUUUUGAAGAAUUAGGAUUCUUGAUAUUGGAUUUUCAGUGGUUUUGUGGUGAGGUGCUUGGUCAGCUUGUGAAGUUACAUGUUAGAAAUCCGGGCAAUGAACAAAGUAACAGGGGAUUUGUGAGCAGGAAAGAGUUAGAGAAGAUUCUGAGAGGGUGUUUACAAAGUCAUGUUCCGGGAAUGGGAUCAAAGAUUUUUGAGAACUUGGAUGCUAGUGAUCUUGUGAAUAUGAUGCUAAAACUUGAACUCUGUUAUAAACAAGAUCCAUCUAAUCCAGAAUCUAUGUUACUGAUUCCUUCUUUUCUUGAAGAAAGCAGAACAAGAACUCCAAGAUGGCCGUUAAUCACAUCCGAUUGUAUCUUUGGAGGAAGGCAUCUCGAAUGCCAUGAUUCGAGCCACAUGUUCCUCACCCCAGGCUUCUUUCCAAGAUUACAGGUUCACCUACACAAUAAAAUUAUUGGACUCAAUAGCCAACAUGGAGCAACUUACAAUCUAGAGAAAUACCUCAUCUUGAUAAACAUAAAUGGGGUUCAUAUCAGAAUCGAGCUGGGAGGACAGCUCGGAUACUAUGUUGACGUGCUUGCUUGCUCUAGCAAAAAUCUAACCGAAACCCUUAAGCUCUUUCGGGAGCUUAUAUACCCAGCCAUCCAAAGCCUUUGUCAUGGGGUGACAUUAACGGAAAACGUCCUUCGUCCAGAAUGUGUCAAAAAUCUUACACCCCCUCGAUAUCGCAAAUCCCAAUUUGUACCUCUCCCUCAGUUAAAACAAGCUUUGCUCUCAGUUCCAGCAGAUUCUAUGUACGAUUAUCAACAUACAUGGAGUCCAGUUUCUGACUCAGGUCGGACAAUAUUGAGAGCUGGGUUUGAUUAUGCUCGGGAUUUACUAUCGGAUGAUGACUUCAGAGAAGUACUUCAUAGAAGGUAUCAUGACCUUUACAACCUAGCUGUGGAAUUACAAGUGCCUACAGAGAACAACUCGGAUGAAACAAAUCGCCCUCAAGAAGAUGAAAUAGGAAAAAUUGACCCGUCAUUUGCUGGGAUUGCUAAAGGAGUGGAAGAGGUAAUUCAGAGACUCAAGAUCAUUGAGCAGGAAAUCAGAGAUGUAAAACAAGAAAUCCAAGGGCUGAGAUACUAUGAACAUAGACUCUUGACAGAGCUUCAUCGAAAAGUUAAUUACCUAACUAAUUAUAAUGUUCAUAUGGAAGAAAGAAAGGUACCAAAUAUGUUUUAUUUUGUGAAAACCGAAAACUACUCUAGAAGAUUAGUCACAAAUAUGAUAUCUGGGAUGACUGCACUUCGGCUUCACAUGUUGUGUGAAUUCAAAGGAGAAAUGCACGUCAUAGAGGACCAACUUGGCUGUGAAAUGAUGCAAAUAGAUAACAGAGCAGUUAUGUCUUUAGCUCCAUACAUGAAAGGUUUCAUGAAGCUGUUGACAUUUGCAUUAAAAAUUGGUGCUCACGUAGCCGCAGGAAUGGGGGAGAUGAUACCAGAUUUGAGCCGAGAAGUGGCACAUUUGGCAGGAAAUCCACUUGUUUAUGGAGCUGCAGGUGCUGCAGCAGCAGGAGUGGUAGGGGCGGCAGCAGUUGGAGGAAAUAGAGGGCGGUCAACCGACAUUCAGCAAGAUAUGAAAGCAGCACAGCAGUGGGUUGUGGAUUUUCUAAGGGAAAAGGGGUGCUCUACGGGAAAAGAUAUUGCUGAGAAGUUUGGAUUAUGGAGAGUUAGAUAUACGGAUAAUGGUCAGAUUGCUUGGGUUUGCAGACGUCAUAUGUAUACAAGAUCCAAUGAAAUAGUCGAAGUGCCUAUGUGAUAAAGAAAAUAUGAGAGACUCAGAGACCCCUAGAUCGUUUAAAAUCAAAUUACCUUUGUAUGUGUCGGAUGUACAUCUAGACUCUAGUUUAUCGAUAGAUAUUUUACGAUCCCUCCUCCAUAAUGUGUGUCACUUCGUAAACCCAUAAGUGAUUGGCUGAAUGACAACA